AUGUCACUAAUUGAACCUGAGUUUUUUAAUUUCCUGAGAAAAUUGGAAGAAAAUGGUGAUAAGCUCACAGUUGGUACUCCUCUAGAAGAACCUCUUGAGUUUGAAUACAACAAUACAAGUUGCUAUGUGUGUAAUGGUUAUUAUGGACCUAGCUUUGGAGAACCUGUUUGUGUCACUUGCCACGCUUUUCUUUUCCCGGACUUUCCAUCAUAUUUGCCAAGUUCCUACUUCUGCAGUGAAAAGACAGACGAUGGUGACUCUGGAAAUGAUGAACCAUCUGAUUUAAAUUAUAGCUCUGAGCGCAGAUUGAACAAAGUGUGUGCACUCCCUGCUUGGUGUUACAGAAAUUCCUUGGAUAGUGAGACAAGCCCAGAAGAUGAAACAAGCUGCACAAGCACAUCAGGACCAGGGGUAAGCGGGAGCAUCAGUGGUGGAUCGGGACCUUCGCUAGCUCCUCGUGAUGCAGUUGAAGAUUUAGCAGGACAGGGACCACCCCCGCAACCGCCUAGCUUGGCUCGCAGCUUGCAAGCCUUAUCUACUCCAAGACCACCAGAUAAUUUAGCCCCAGGUUUAGUGGAACAUUUACCAUCCGAAGUGCUGCUGUGCAUCUUCAGCUACCUGGACGACCUGUCGCUGUGCGCGUGCGCGUGCGUGUGCGCGCGCUGGUGGCGCCUGGUGCGCGCGCGCGUGCCGCCGCCGCGCUGGGCCUGCUUCGCCGCGCGCCGCUGGCCGCUGUUCCGUCCGCUGCUGCCGCACGUCGACUGGCACAAGAAAUACCAGGCGCUUGUGGAAUCGUGCUUCUGUCGUAACUGCUUGGUGCAGAUGUGCGUACAAGCGCAACCCGUCGGUGAAGAAAACGCUUGGCGCAGAAAUAGACUGCGGAUUGAAUUGAAGAUGAUGCGCAACGACCCGCCUGAGGGCAUAGUGGCGACACCGCUGGACCCCAAGUGCUGUCACUGGCAGGCUAGCGUCACGGGGCCGGUCGGCUCACCGUACGAAGGUGGAGUUUUCUACCUAUACGUGCAGGUGCCUUAUUCGUACCCAAUGAGCCCGCCCGUGGUGCGUUUCCUGACGCGCAUCUUGCACCCGAACGUGUCGCGGCACGGCGACGUCGGCAUCGACUCCGUGCACCACAACUGGUCCCUGGCGCUCACCAUCAGCAAAGUUCUCAUCUCCAUACAGAGCUUGCUCACCGACCCAUACACCACUGUGUGUAUGGAGCCGGAAUUGGGUGAUAUGUACGUCCGAGAUCGGGCGCGUUUCGAGAGUCUGGCGCGGCGAUGGACUUGGCGCUACGCAAUGCACGACAUACUGCCCUACUAA